AUGCAGGAUACAACAAUCAGCAGCCAACAUCAAAAGCAGACAAAUCCUAUGCUGGAAUCCUGCACCCAGCAGCAAGUCUACACUGGGAAAGACACAACAUUCAGCAGCACACAUCAAAUGCAGAAAAAUCCUAGGCUGGAAUCCUGCACCCAGCAGCAAGUCUACACAGGGACCGACACAACAUUCAGCAGCACACAUCAAAUGCAGAAAAAUCCUAGGCUGGAAUCCUGCACCCAGCAGCAAGUCUACCAAAUUUCCAACAACACAAAUUUGCAGGGAUUCGAAAUUAUACCUAUGAGAUGCACGGAUUGGGGGUCCUCAGGGCUUUGUGCUGUUUUGUCCUUUGAGCUUGUGUGCUGA